UGCUGUUUAGGUUUAGAUUUGAGGUCAAAUGAAGCGGUAUGAUUGUUAUAAAGCGGUAUCGUGUGGUGCUCGCAUGUGUUCAGUACCUUCUUUAUAGUUUAAAUAGAAUAACUGCAUAUGUCGGAACAGUCCAUAAGACAUCGGUUUCUCGCCCUUCCUAAUGAGCAAAGGCUGAAGUUAGAUAGAGUCACUUCUCCUCGUUGUCACCUAACUCCUGUUCCCAAUUUAUCUACAAGUGCAAUCUUGGAUAUUAACGAUACCCCCAUAACUGUUACAGGUGAUGAUUUCGAGGAUACAUGUAUUCUUGGUGAAGGUUUUUUUGGACAAGUUUCCAAGAUGCGUUUAAAAUCAACAAAAGAAUCAUUUGCAGUUAAAAAAAUACCAUUUUGUAAUUUGGACCCACGUAAUCCAGAUAUGAUAGCAGAUUUGGAAAUAGGAAAAUUGCAUCCACAUCCAUUUUUAUUACGAUCUUAUUGUGCUUUCACUCAUGUAGACUCUGUUUGGAUUUUAUUAGAACUUAUGGAUAUCUCUUUAGAUGUACUUCUAAAUAAAGUAAAGGCAGUUAAUGAAUACAUUCCUGAAAAUGUUUUAAAGCAUAUAACAUUUUCAAUCGUUUCAGCAUUAUAUUAUUUACGAUUCGAUAUGAAUAUGAUUCAUCGUGAUAUAAAACCGGCUAACAUGUUAGCUAAUAAAAGUGGACAAAUAAAAUUAGGAGACUUUGGUACUGCCGUCACUCUUUCCAACUGUGAAAUUUUAACGGAUGUUGGAUCAUGGCGUUACCUUGCUCCAGAGCGUGUAAGCUGUGGUCCUGUAAAAAGUUACGGGGUUAAAUCUGAUAUUUGGUCUUUAGGCCUAAGCAUUUAUGAAUUGGCUACUGGUACAAACCCAUAUGAACCGCCUAAAGAUCCUGUAGAUGCAUUCAAUCAGAUUGUAAAUCGUGAUCCUCCAAGUCUUUCAAGUGAUCUACCAUAUUCCAAUCAUUUACGAGAUUUUUUAAAUAUGUGCCUUAUUAAAGAAGUUGGUGAACGUGCAGAUUACAAUGAUUUACUAGUAUCAGAUUUUAUUCGAUCAAUUGAUGUUAAUUCUUAUAUGAUUACAACAGCACAAUUUUUAGGAAAAUACAUUUAAUGAAAAAUUUAAUUUGUAUAUGUCACCUAGUCAAAAUUCAAGGAUGGAUAAAGAUAUAUAUUUCUUUAAUUUUGUCAUAUAUUCUUGUUGUAUAUUAAAUUCGAAUACAUUAUGUCUAUAUAGGGCUGUGAAUAUUUAUUUGUUAUUGAUUCUCUUUAUUUGUAUAACCUGUUUCUGUACACAUAAAAUGAGAUUUUUUUAAAAGAAGAUAUUCAAUUGAAUGUUGUUUUUUUUGUGUGGGUACAACUAUCGUUAAUCUCUUUCGUUCCAUCGAGUCUUUUUUUUGUUGGUUAUAUCAUUUCUUUGAUGGGAAUAUUCUCAUGGAUUUUUUUUAAAAUUACUAAAUAUUAAUGAUAGAAGGAUAUAUCUUCAAAAUGUAUCUGUGUAAAUCAGUCCCCCUCUCCCCUCUCUCGUUUACUAUUUUCAAUUAUUUCAUUUAUGUGAUAUUUUGUAAUGUAUUUUUUUUAAUUAUUUUUUUACCAUUGUACAUAUUAUUUUUUACGCACAAUGUGUAAUUAGCCCAAAUUUAUUUUAUUUAUUUAAAAAAUGAGCAUUGAUGCAACAAUCAUGAUUAAUUUAAUUACCAUAUAUAGAUCUGAAACUUUCUAAUAAACUGGACAGUAUGAUGUUCCAGCUUCAUUUCGAAAAAUUUUCUUAGUUCAUCUUUCCGAUAUACGUUUAGUUCAUAUUUUUCUCUUAAACUUAUACUUAUCGAUCUAUUCUUAUACAGUUUGAUAUUUUAUCAUUAUUAUUAUUAUCUGUGAUAGGAAUAAUAAUAGUUAUUAUUGUUUCUAUUGUGAUACUUUCAAAUUGCAAUUCAAUAUAGUUGUGAUAUUUCGAGCGUUA